AUGAGUUUCUAUUCUCGCCGGCCUCUGUGGAUGCGCCACACCCCAUACGCCGUGGCCUCGAGACCAAGCACCUCCGUUCAAGAGUUCCGCCAACUGCUGCAGUCUGGUACCCGAAUCCUCGCCCUUUGUGGCGCUGGCCUAUCAGCCCCUUCCGGCCUCUCCACAUAUCGUGGCGCCGGUGGGCUAUGGCGCAACCACUCACCGACCUCGCUGGCAACCCCUGAAGCCUUCGAGGACGACCCGGCGCUGGUGUGGUUGUUCUACGCCUGGCAAAAGCACAUGGCGAUCAAAGCUUCCCCGAACCCUGGCCACUACGCGCUCGCUGAGCUGGCCAAGCGGAAGGAGGGCUUCCUAUGCCUGACUCAGAAUACUGAUGGGCUGUCGCCUCGCGCAGGCCAUCCGCUGGGCCAAUUGAGAAUAAUGCACGGUAAUAUUCUGGACCUCAAGUGCUCUGACGAGUGCGGCUACGUUGAGAAGGACAACACAGAUGAUCCGCCGUGCGCGGCCCUUGCCGAGGCCGCGAAGGACUACCCGCCGGAUCAGACGAUGCCUCUACUCGAUCCUCUGAAGCCGCUCCCUUCCAUCAGCAAGGAAGACCUGCCGCAUUGCCCACAGUGCAAGACGGGGCUGCUUCGACCCGGGGUCGUCUGGUUUGGCGAGGCGGUUGAUGAGGGCAUGCUGGAGGGUAUUGACGGCUGGGUAUCGGAGGGCAGCAUCGACCUGAUGCUCGUCAUCGGCACCGGGGCCACGGUCCAGCCAGCUGCGAAUUAUGUGCGCCAAGCCCAACGAGCUGGUGCCGCUGUCGCGGUUGUCAACCCUGACGCUGAUGCUCAGGCGGGGCUAGGUAAGAAGGACUUCUUCUUCCAGGGUGAUGCUGCUGAACUCUUGCCUGUGUUGUUUGAGGGUGUGAUCGGGAAGCUGCGUGAAGAAGAACAAGGUCCAAGCAUGGGAUGA